GCCAUCAUGGCGCCGGUCGUGCUGUUGCUACUUGUGCUGCUGAGCCAGCUGUCUCCCGCGCCCGCCCGAGUGGAGCACCGCAGCUCGAACCAGCUGUCGUCGCGCGGCCUGGACGCAACUGAGGCACGCGGCUGGGUGCGCGCCUGUUACCUUUUCCGAGAUGUGCCGCUCGACCAGAUCGAUCCCUGGCUCUGCACGCACUUGCUGGCCUUCUUCGGCCACGUGACCGCCGACGGCCUGCCGCAGGUGAACGAUGCCGACCUGGACAAGCUUGCGCAACUGGUGCGCAUGCGCCAGCAACAGAACCCACUCCUUCGCGUCUGCCUGACGUUUGCCGCCAACAACGACGCGUUCGCCACGGCGGCCGCGUCCAACACUAGCCGCGCCAGCUUUGCCGCCGCCGCGGCACAGCUGUUGCAGCAGACCGACCUGGACGGUCUCGACUUCGACUGGGAGUUCCCCGCCUUCUUCCGGCCGGGUCACGAGCGGAGGGACUUUUCGCUGUUGCUGGAGGCGACGGGCGCGGCGCUGCGCGCGCUGCCGCGGCCGCGCCUCCUCACCGCCGCCGUCGGUGGAUCGUCAACCAUCGUCGACGUGUCGUACGAGGUUCCGCGCAUCGCCGCCGCGCUCGACUUCGUCAGCGUCAUGACCUACGAUUUCCACUUCUACAAGACGCUGGAGCCGGCCACCGGCCACAACGCGCCGCUGUUCGCGUCGUCGCGCGACCGCGGCUUCCUGGCGACGCUCAACACCAACUUCUCGGCCCACAUGUGGCUGGAUCGCGGCGUGCCACGCUCCAAGCUGCUGCUGGGCCUGCCGACCUACGGGCACGGCUGGCACCUGCGCGACUCGGCCGUCCACGGCCUGCUCGCGCCCGCCUCCGGACCCUGGAAAAGCGGCUACGUCACCCUGGCGGACGUGUGCCGCCUGCUGCAGGGCAACGGCACGGCGGAGUGGGACCCGUUCGCACUGGCGCCGUACGCCUACAGCGGUGCCGAGUGGGUGAGUUUCGAGGACGCGCGCAGCAUGGCGGCCAAGGCGAGCCUGGUGCGCGCGCUCGACCUGGCCGGCGCCAUGACCUACAACCUGGACAACGACGACUGGGGCAACGUGUGUGGCCGCGGCGCCUUCCCGCUCCACCGGCUGGUCCGCGACAUGCUGCCCUCGCUGGAGCAAAACUGAAGCAGUCGGGGACAC